AUGAGUUUUCUUAAUUGGGGCUUUCGAGCCACUCUCAAGCUCCACACAUCAAAGCCAGAGGAGUCCAUAAAAAUCAACAACUCCAAAACCCUCUACGACUUUGUCCACAACAAUGUGCCCACGAUAAAUCCGAACAAGAAGCUUUGGUUGAAUCCUCUCUUGUUCAAUGGCACGCUCCAGACGCUAUACUACGCCUUGCAUAAGAGCGAAGACAAGUUUCAAGUGUACUAUGGCCGUGAAUUGUUCAAGUACAAAGAUGGCGGCCAGGCUUCCUUAGACUGGGUGAUCCCCAAGCCAGAGUCAAGGGAACACUUUAGAUUUCUCUACGAGGAGACAAUCCCCGAGGAUUCUCCAAAGCUUCAUCCUAGAACGAGGUUCUUCACGGAAGAAGAACUUGAGGAGAGGCAGAACCCCAAAGACAGAGACUCGAGGGAGCCUAUUUGUGUGGUUCUUCAUGGCCUUGCUGGAGGGUCUCACGAACCGUUGAUUCGUAACUUGGGCGAGGACUUGAAGCGCCACACAAGCCCCAACUGGGACGUUGUUGUGAUCAAUUCCCGUGGAUGUUGCAGAACGAAGAUCACCACCGACAGACUUUUCAGUGCAUUUUCGACGGAUGAUGUCAAAGACGUUCUUGUGGAGUUGCGCAGACGGUACCCACACAGACCGAUUUAUGGAGUUGGGUUUUCUUUUGGUGCUUGUAUUUUGGCCAAUUUGUUGGGCAGUGGCGACGCAGAAGUGCAAGAUCUCAUCAAGGCUGCUGUGUUCAUUGGGUGCCCAUGGGACCUUUCAGACAGCGCCUACCACGUAGACAGUUCGCUCACGGGUCGCAAAGUGCUCAAUCCAGGCUUGACCAAUUUUUUGAACAAGCUUAUCAAAUCCAACAAGCAAGAGCUCCAGAGCUACAACCCUGAGUUUUUCACCGACGAGCGCAUCGAGCAGGCGAAACGGGCAUUGAAGACAUUUGAGUGGGACAACACCUUCACGUGUAAGACAGUGGGGUUCUCCAACGCCUUUGAGUACUACAGAGAAGGGUCGCCUUUGCGUAGAAUCCACAAGAUCAAGACCCCCGUGCUUGCCAUCAAUUCUACGGACGACCCAGCGGUUUCAGUGCGUUUACCCAUUCACGACGUCGAGAGCAACCCUCACUUGGCAUUGGUGGAGUCGGACUUGGGCGGCCAUCUUGGGUUUGUCAAAUACUCUGGAGAAUUUUGGUGUGUGGAGGCUGCCGACGAGUUCAUCAACAAGUUUGAAGAGGCCACCAGGGGAAACUAG